AUGCUUCUUUCUAUGGGGCCUCUCUUGCUGCUUCUAUGUUUUUGUACGUUGUUAUAUGCUGCUUCUGCCUUGAAUUCUGAUGGGUUGGCAUUGCUGUCCCUCUCCAGGGACUGGACUGUUGGGUCCGUUGACAUAAACUCCACAUGGAAGUUGUCUGAUUCCACUCCAUGCUCGUGGGCAGGAGUGCAUUGUGAUCAUGCCGGUAAUGUGGAUUCUCUGAACCUCAGUAGAUAUUCCAUUUCUGGCCAAUUAGGUCCUGAUCUUGGACGUUUGAAUAACUUGCAAACCAUAGACUUGUCAUAUAAUAAUCUCUCUGGAAAAAUCCCCCCAGAAUUAAACAACUGUAGCAUGCUUGAGUACAUAGACCUUACUGUAAACAACUUUAGUGGAGGAAUACCAGAUAUCUUCAGAAACUUACAAGAUUUGAAGUACAUGGAUCUCUCAGUUAACCUGCUGAGUGGUGAGAUUCCUAAAUCCUUGUUGGAAAUUCCUCUCCUGGAAGUAGUGUAUCUUAGUAACAACAGUUUAAGUGGUUCUAUUCCCUCGAGUAUUGGGAACAUCACUAACCUUGUCAUACUGGAUCUUUCUUAUAAUCAGCUGUCAGGGACUAUUCCCAUAUCCAUUGGAAAUUGUAGUAAAUUAGAGAAUCUGUAUUUGGAAAGUAAUCAACUGUGGGGUGUUAUUCCGGAGAGUCUAAAUAAUCUCAAAAAUCUAAUUGAGUUAUAUCUCAAUGAUAAUAGUCUUGGAGGUACUAUUCAAUUGGGAUCUGGAAAUUGCAAGAAAUUGUCUAGACUAAGUUUUUCUUUCAAUAACUUUAGUGGGGGUAUACCAGCAAGCUUGGGGAAUUGUAGUGGCCUGAUAGAGUUUUAUGCUGCAAGGAGUAACUUAGUUGGCAGUAUACCGUCAACCUUAGGCCUCUUGACCAGCCUUUCUCUUCUAUUGAUUUCAGAGAACCGAUUUUCUGGGAAAAUACCUCCACAGAUUGGUAAUUGCAAAUCACUGGAAGAGUUGCAUUUGAAUUCCAAUGAACUCGAAGGAGAAAUUCCCAGUGAACUGGGAAACUUGAGUAAAUUACGCGAUCUUAGAUUGUUUGAAAACCUUUUGACAGGAGAAAUUCCACUUGGCAUAUGGAAAAUUCAAACACUUGAGCAGAUCCAUGUAUACAGUAAUAACCUUUCAGGUGAGCUACCUCUUGAGAUGGCAGAACUUAAACAUCUUGAGAAUAUCACCUUGUUUAACAACCAGUUCUCUGGAGUCAUACCUCAAAGCUUAGGAAUCCACAGCAGUUUGGUUGUGUUAGAUUUCAUGUAUAAUAAUUUCACCGGUGCCCUCCCACCGAAUCUUUGCUUUGGAAAGAAAUUGAUCAGGCUGAAUAUGGGUAGCAAUCUAUUUUAUGGCAGCAUACCUCCUGAUGUUGGAAGGUGCACAACUCUUACAAGGGUAAGACUCGAGGAAAACAAUUUUACUGGGGCACUUCCUGAUUUUGAAACUAAUCCAAAUCUCUCUUACAUGAGCAUCAACAACAACAACAUCAGUGGAGAAAUUCCAUCAAGUUUGGGAAACUGCACAAAUCUCUCUCUUUUAGAUCUAUCCACGAACAACUUGACAGGUCUUGUACCCUCAGAGCUAGGAAACCUUGUGAAUCUCCAGACUUUGGAUCUUUCUCACAAUACUUUGAUAGGUCCUUUGCCACAUCAACUGUCAAACUGUAACAAAAUGAUAAAGUUUGAUGUUGGAUUCAAUUUCUUGAAUGGUUCGUUUCCAUCAAGUUUUCAGAGCUGGACUCAAUUAACAACUUUAAUUCUAUCGGAGAAUAAUUUUGAUGGUGGUAUCCCACCUUUCUUGUCAGAUUUUGAAAGGCUCAAUGAGUUACGACUUGGAGGAAACAUGUUUGGAGGAAACAUUCCUAGAUCAAUUGGAGAACUGGUGGAUUUGAUAUAUGGGCUAAAUCUAAGUGCUAAUGGGCUGAUAGGUGAGCUUCCAAUUGAGAUUAAAAACCUGAAGAAUCUGCUAAGACUGGAUCUAUCUUGGAACAAUUUGACAGGAAGUAUACAGGUUCUUGAUGAGCUCAGUUCAUUAUCUGAGCUCAACGUUUCAUAUAAUUCUUUUGAAGGGCAUGUGCCACAGCAGCUAACAAAUUUACCAAAUUCUUCUUUGUCGUUUUUGGGCAAUCCUGGCCUAUGUAGCUCAAAUUUCACUGAAAGCAGCUAUUUAAGGCCAUGUGACUCAAAUUCAGAAAAGUCAAAAAAGCUCAGUAAAGUUGCAACUGCGAUGAUAGCACUUGGAUCCUUAAUAUCUGUUAUUCUGAUGCUGGGGUUAAUUUAUAUAUUUUUUAUCAGAAAAAUUAAGCAGGAAGUCACAAUCAAUGGGGAAGAUGAUUCCCCAUCACUUCUCUAUAAGGUUAUGGAAGCUACAGGAAAUCUAAACGAUCAGUAUAUUAUUGGAAGAGGCGGUCAGGGAGUUGUUUACAAAGCAGAACUUGGUCCAGACAAUAUUUUGGCUAUAAAGAAGGUAGUAUUUGCUAGUGAUGAAGGGAAAAGCUCAAGCAUGACCAGAGAAAUUCAAACCCUUGGAAAGAUUAGGCAUCGAAAUUUGGCCAAAUUGGAAGGUUGCUGGUUGAGAAAAAACUAUGGUCUAAUUGCAUACAAAUACAUGCCAAAUGGAAGUCUGCAUGAUGUUUUGCAUGAGAAGAGUCGAUCACACGCCUUAGAGUGGAAUAUCCGGAAUAAAAUAGCUGUUGGAAUUGCUCAUGGAUUGGCUUAUCUCCAUCACGACUGUGAUCCUGUCAUAGUGCACAGAGACAUCAAAACAACCAAUAUACUUCUAGAUUCUGAGAUGGAGCCUCAUAUUGCAGAUUUUGGUAUUGCCAAGCUAUUGGAUCAGCAUUCUACCACCACACAUUCAACAUCUGUCACUGGUACACUUGGUUAUAUAGCACCAGAGAAUGCUUAUACAACAACAAAGGGUAAAGAGUCCGAUGUAUACAGUUAUGGGGUAGUUUUGUUGGAGCUGAUAUCCAGAAAGAAGGCAUUGGAUCCAUCAUUUAUGGAAGGAACAGAUAUAGUUAAUUGGGCUAGAUCUAUCUGGGAGGAAACGGGAGUUGUUGAUGAAAUUGUUGAUUCAGAACUGGCCGAUGAAAUUUCAAAUUCUGAUGUGAUGAAACAAGUUACAAAGGUGCUUUUGGUGGCUUUCAGAUGUACAUCAAUGGAUCCACGCAGCAGACCUGCGAUGAGGGAUGUUAUCAAAUAUUUGUAUGUAGAUGCUAAAAACUCCACGUAA